GCCCUGCAGCCCGGGCCGUCCCCGCCCUCGCGCCGCCGGAUUGGCUGCGCUCCGAACCCGGGGCUCCGCCCACUUCCCCGGGUCCUUUGAUCACGCGCCUCCGGCCUCUUCCGGGGCCCGGGAGCCAAGCGAGGGCGUUCCUGUCCGGGCUGCAGCGGCGGGAGGGAGCCCGGUGGAGGCGCCCUCCCGAGGCACUGCCCAUGCUGACUGCACGGUCCUCCAGCUGCCGAUGUCAUGAGUAACACCACGGUGCCCAGCGCCCCCCAGGCCAACAGCGACUCUAUGGUGGGCUAUGUGCUGGGGCCUUUCUUCCUCAUCACCCUGGUCGGGGUGGUGGUGGCCGUGGUAAUGUAUGUCCAGAAGAAAAAGCGGGUGGACAGGCUUCGCCAUCACCUGCUCCCCAUGUACAGCUACGACCCCGCCGAGGAGCUGCACGAGGCUGAGCAAGAGCUCCUGUCUGACAUGGGAGACCCACAGGUGGUGCACGGCUGGCAGAGUGGCUACCAGCACAAGCGGAUGGCCCUGCUGGAUGUCAAGACCUGACACCCUCAUCUUCAGAGCCAUGGGGUCCUGCCGCUUCCCCUCCCACCUGCUCACCCUGGGCACUGGGUCUCCACUCCUCCCACCCACCCCUCUGCUUGGCGGGCCGAGCCUGCUCCCAGGCAGCAGGGGUUGCUCCCUCUGGGGGUGGACAGAGCCCUGCCCUCUCUGUGGGCCUUUAGGCCCCUGACUUGGCUUGGGAGCUUUCCAUGGUGACAGGGCCUGAUGUAUAGUCUUCAGUAUACAUACUUUGUAAAUAAAAUGUUUUGUGG